GCUAGAAAUGAAAGUGAUGAUUAGUUUAAGCUAGAAGCUCUAAUAGUUCGGACUAGAAAAUAAAUCUCAGAAAUACAAAAACAAAAAAUGUUCAAGACAAAAUUAAAUUUUUUAACAAUAAGCUGUGUUUGCCUGACAUUUUGUAUAAUACAAUUGGCUCAAAGUGGUGUGGUCAAGUCGCCGGUAAUAAGUGAAGAUGUCAAGCAGGAUUUUGAGCGAGAGGCCCGCCUGGAAACCGAGGAAUUUUUAAAUGCCAUUUUCACAGCACAAAUUGACUUUUUUAACAAACUGAAACAAUCACUGAAACCGGAUACCAAACGUUACAAGGAUAUUGAGGUUUUCGUACAGAGACUAGAACAGGCCAAGGAGGAGAAGGAGUUGGAGAAGAAGGAUGUCAUGUAUUGGGAAACUUUCCAGCAGUUCAACAAAUCUCCAUUGCUGUUAAAUGAUGCCGCCGAAACCGGCAUGACCGAUGAGGCCUACCAAAAGGCCCUGACCGACAAUGGCUUCAAGGAGCUGCUCAAGAAUUUCUUUGCCGAUGUUGCUGUGUAUUUUUGGAAAAUGGCAAAGGCCAGUGGCAAAGUUGUUGAAACCACAAUGGAUGAGUAUUUGGAACAAAUGCAAAGUUCCAAGAAAUUAUUUUAGGUAGAA